AUGAACUCUCCUUCUCAGAACACCGCCUACACUCCUUUGGAGUCCCUCCUCCUCUUUCACUACCUCUCAACACACGGCACUCAUCCAUCAUCUUUUGCUCUCAUAUCCCAGCUUAUACUGAAGAACCCAGUCAUCAAAGCCGAAGCUACUUUCGACCGAGGAAGGCUAUCACCGGAUGCACUUCGCGAAUUUUAUCAUGUUCGCUUGGCGGAGGCGGAAUCCGAAUUUGCGCUCGGUGAUAAGAAUUUCAAUGGCGAUGGUAAACCGGGCUCUCAGACAAUCCCACGAAAAUCAAAAACUGAAAUUGGCACGACAGCGCUUUCCGAAGCAGACAAAUUGAGACUGGUCAAGGUUCUCACUUCGCGACUUUACGAACGGUACCGGAAAGUUUCCCUUCGCCAGAUUCAGGAAUUGGAGGAGAGAUACCAGCACCUUAACAACGAAAUUGACCAAAUCAAUGAGGGGAUAUGGGACGAACGCCUGGCGAAGGAGGAGCAAGCCAGAACAAGAGACAGGAGUAAGUCGAGGAUGUCGUUUGACUUUCGCGACAAAGUCUCUUCCCCACCAUCCGAUAGACGGAUCACUCCAGUUGACAGUAUGAUCGAAGGGUCCUCAGCAGCUACAGGGUCCGGAGAGAUGGCACCUCUACCCACUAAGCCACCUUUACUCCCUAUUGCUGCGCCCACCCUGCCGCCCAUACUGAAUCCUACCAUACCCUCCACGAAGCCCGAGAAAUCAACGCCUCCUGUCCUGCCGAAUGUUGGAACCCCACAACCAUUGCCCCUCCUUCCGCAACUCAGCCAAGCACAGGUCCCUUGUCCGACAUCGCAGGUGCGCUACGACCACAUGCAACCAGCUCCAGUGGUUGGGGCGGGCGAGGUCCUAGGCCAUCAGCCAUCAUUUUCCCCCAAAAAACCCCAUGCGCACAACAGCAUCUCACCUUCCUCCGGACGGACAUCUACCCCCAAGAUCUUACCUGGGCCAAUGCCAAUUCCUCCUAAGAUGGAGGCCGUGCCCCCUCCUCCACAUCCGAAUACAUCGCUGCCCGGCGCUCCUCCCCCAGCUAGGCCUCAGGCAAAAAUCGAGGCACCGGUCCCAGUCCCACCCCCUGCUAGGUUAACCUACCCACCGAUCACACCCAGAACCCCCGGACAGUCGGUUUGGCCAGUUACACCGGUUCCCGCACAACCAGUGCAAAUGGCUGGGCAACAAGCGCAAGGAUCACCACCGGGUCUGGCCGGUUUACAUCAGUUGGCAGACGUAGCGGAUUCACGACGAAAACAAAAACAUCCCCCACCAUCACGUCCUUCAUAUCAGCAAUAUCCUCCCCUAGGUUUGCCUGACCGCAUUCAGCCUGUUACCUGUACUCCUGUGUAUGAUAGGGCUCCCGCAAGUGCCGGGCCGGCGCUUCCUUCGGGAGGAGGUUAUGGAAUCCUAUAUCCUCCUCAAACCCCCAGCACCCCGGUUCCCAUCCAGCAGCAGUACUCACAGACCCAGCCCAGGCCAAUCGCCGCCGCUCCAGUGACCACCUUCCAGCAAUAUACUCCCACUCCUGCCGCGGCCGCCCAGCAGCCACGCCAAUCGGCCCAAGCAUCACCAGUCCCUCGGGUAUCGCCCGUUUCUCAAAAGAUUGCACCUCGGCCUUCGCCUCUCCCACCGACAUCUUAUGUCUCACCCAGGAAAGCUCCUCCCCCACCGAUCAAUACCGGGACUCCAGUUCAUGCGCCAUCAAUCCCUAUUCAACCAAUGGCCAAUGAAGAAGAAGAAAUGGCGACUCCCGGUUCACCCAUCCAGCCAGGACCCGAUGAUAUUUCACCAAUAAGUACGCCCGGAGGCUCACCCAGAGUUUUAUCACCAAAGCCAACCGUUAUUGAGAAAAUACGUAAUAAGAAACGGUUAUUUAGCGAAAGCAAAUCCGGAGAGAUCAGCCCAAAAAACAAGGAUGGGGGAUCUACGGAGAAAUCGCCUGACGGCAAACCACCUUCCAAGAGGCAGAAAUCAAAGGCCGAUAAGAAAGCUAUUGGAAAGCCUCUUGGCCGUAUAAGUGUGGUGAGAACCUCCAGCACCGAGCCUCCUCCAUCCAGGGUUACCAGGAGUGCGAGUGCGGAAGCGGAGAGGAGGGCAUCGAGAAGCCCUAGCGCCGAACCCCCUCCUACGAACAAACAGAAGGCAGCAAAAACGGCCGUUUCACCAAUCUCAGAAGGGAGUGAAGUUAAGGACGAAGAACUUUCUGAGAUCGAUAACGACGAUGCGAUAAUGGCUUCACCCGCACUUGUACGCAAGGGUAAGGAGGUUGAAGGAAAGAAAACCGGAAACGGAAGAACAACGAGAAAGGCACCCGCAAGCGGUCGCAAGGCAGACACAGAAGCAGCUGAGCGCGAAGACACCAUUGCCCAAACUCCAAGAAGCAAAACUCCGAAACGUAAGCGCAACCCAUCGCAAUCAGAUGCGGAGGAAGAGAGCAAGGGUGAAACUACUACAGUCUCCCUAAGGAAGCCAUUCCACAGGCCUCCAAAGCUCGAACCUCAAAGUUCUAGCAUUACCACGGGCAUUGGAUCACCUCUUCCAACGGGUCUGGCAAUCGGGCAGCAGCAGAUGGUCGUGGCUACAAAAAAGUUUCUCCAACUCAGCGCUCCACUUCUAGGCGAUAUCAGCAGCCACAAAUUCGCCAACCUAUUCACGAACCCCGUAAAUGAACGGAUGGCGCCCGGGUAUCGCAACCUAGUCUACAAGCCCGAAGAUCUCAAAUGUAAUCCCCUCCCUUCUCCUACACAUCAAGGAUUCAAAGGCUAACAAGUUCUCAGCCAUUAAAGCCGCAGUCAAGGCGGGUGCAGCAGCCGUAACCAACGCUUCAACCGGCACCCCAGCCAUCACCACCCCAACAACCGAAUCCAUAGCCGCCUCAACCCCGCCGGCAAACACCUCAUCCUUCACAACUCUCCUUGCAACAAGCCUAAACACCCCUCCAAAGGGUAUAGUAAACUCAGUCCAGCUAGAAAAAGAGCUCUUCAGAAUGUUCGCCAACGCGAUGAUGUACAAUAAGUCCUCCAGCGAGAUUGCGAAAGAGACUGUUAUGAUGGCCCGGGACGUGGAGGGGAUGGUUGAUAACUUUCGCACCGCCGAGGAAGCGGGAAUGAAGAAGGCCCUUGGUGCUAGCUUUGGUCCUGCGAGGAAGUUAGGCGGUGCCGGCGGUGGCAGCGCUGGCGGCGCAGGAAGUGAGAGGGAGCGCGAGAGGGAGAGGACAGCGGGAACGGUAGCAGAGGAAGGUGAGGAAGGUGAGGGUAGUACCGUCGCCGGAGCAGAGGAAGAAAGCAUGGCCGGCGAAGGCACAGAGAAGGAGACGGAAGACGGAGGUGGCGGCGGCGGCGGCGGCGGACAGGAAGGCAAGAAGAAGGUUGGGAGAAAGAAGAAGAGACGUUAG